CUGAAGGUCCUGACGAAAUAAACAAAUUGGGGUCCUUUCUUGCGAUAGGCUAGCUGUCGAAACGGCGUCGCGAGUCACAUUGUUUUACACAUCUGUGGUAAAUUGUCCAAAAUAACACCAAUAUAUGUCGAUAACAUUGUUUUGGGGGAUGUUGAUGAACUCGUAGUUUCUCUCCGUUUGGUCAUUUACGCCCUAACUGGCCCAGUAGUUUGGUUUCUGAACGUCGAAGGGUGUGUUUUUCUCGGCCGCCGUUAACGCAGCAGUAACGUUAGCGUUAGCGAAGCCUUCACGCCGACGUUCUCGAACCCACGUAGUUCUGGUAUUUAACGUUAGCCCAAUAAAACAAAAGGGAGGCGUUGAUGAGCAGCAAUGUCUGGCAUCGCUCUUAGCAGACUGUCUCAGGAGCGUAAAGCCUGGAGAAAAGACCACCCAUUUGGUUUUGUUGCUGUGCCCACAAAGAAUCCCGAUGGAACCAUGAAUCUGAUGAACUGGGAGUGUGCAAUCCCAGGGAAGAAAGGAACCUUGUGGGAGGGGGGACUCUAUAAACUCAGAAUGCUGUUCAAAGAUGACUACCCUUCCUCACCACCAAAAUGCAAGUUUGAGCCACCAAUAUUCCACCCAAACGUUUACCCAUCCGGCACUGUUUGUCUGUCCAUCCUGGAGGAGGACAAGGACUGGAGGCCCGCCAUCACCAUCAAACAGAUCCUGUUGGGAAUCCAGGAGCUGCUGAAUGAGCCCAACAUCCAAGACCCCGCACAAGCAGAGGCUUACACAAUUUACUGUCAGAACAGGAUGGAUUAUGAGAAGCGGGUAAGAGCACAGGCCAAGAAGUUUGCCCCGACAUAGAGAGGAGAGCUCGCCCUUUUCCCACCUGAGCAGCCUCAACUGAUGGAGGUUACAAACAGGAGGCAGGCAGCACCUGACGGACCACUCCAAUAAGAAUCCCAUUUUGAGUAUUAUCAUACUAUUACACAGGUGACAAGACAGCCUGUCUCUCUUUUUUCCUUUCUUUUAUAAACAACAAAAGUUCAGUACGAUCCCAAUUUGAUCAUCUUCAAGAAAUAUUUCUGCAUUUUUAAUGCAUAGCUGAUGAUGAUCCUAUAACUACUUUGUCAUGAGCUCAUUCAUGCCCACAUUAAUACUAUAAGUCAUAGUAAUCCAUCAACAGAGCUGUAGAAUUAAAAUGUCCAAACCACUCUGUGUGUAGUUCAGUCCGCGUUGGCAGAGGAGGAGAUUUUGUUUAUUCUUAAACUUCCAGUUUUAUCAAACCCAGAAGUAUUGUAGAUAGUUCAUUAUUAGGAGCAUAAACUGAGCUAAAGCAGUCAAAUGCACAAUGGAAGUCAAUCCUCCCACUGUGCUCCUGAUCCCUUGUUUCAUUCCUACCACACAUCCCUCACUUCUGAGUUCCUAGAAAACCAUCAAAAAAAAAUACAAUUAAUUUAGGGAAAAGACAAUCCUGGCACUUGUUUAUUGGUUGUAAGAUAUCUUGGCAGGAAGUGAUGAAGUGGUGCUCUGUCCACCUCAGAGAACGGAAGAGUGAUAAGAGGUAAAUUUGUCACAUGGGUCAGGGCGUUUCUUCCACCAAGGAGUCAAAAUUAUCUUUUAUUGCAGUGGAGCUAAGAUUACAUUAGUGUUCAGAUUCUUUUUCUGUGAAUCCACCAGGGAGUGAACCAUUUGUCAGGCACAGUAUUGAACUUCAGACACAUUCAACUCUAGUUUGUCAUCUGCUUCCCAAACUGCUACAGGAUGAGAUGAGAUGCUGCAUUGUAAAAGUAACAAAAACUGUUGCUGUGUGUGUGUGUGUUCGUGUCAGCUCUUGAUUGGUUAUAAAUAGCAUACCAUCACUUUGGUUAUUUUUUUCUCCCACAAUGCCCACAAAACGAAUACAAACCUGUACAAACCAAAAUGCUAUUACGUCUUUAAGUCCAUCUGGUAAACAGAAGCUGAAGGAUCCUCAUUGGAAUGGCCUCUCAACCAGCAGGGAAGACAGACGAAAGUGCACUUGAGAGAAAACGAAGGCCUGAGAUUUUUUUGCCUCUAAGUAUAUGAGUGCAUGUACAUAAUAUAAAUAAUGACAAAUUGUGGAAGUUAUGUUUUAUAUUGUUUUAGCCAGUUGACAUUUGUGUGUGGUAUUAUAACAAAGAACACAAUAAAUGGCAUACAAUUGUGAAAUAAAGUUAAAUA